AUGGAUUCGCCGGAUAAGCAACGUCGCCGCCACAUCGCCGCCGAUUUUCUCCACAGCGCCGCCACCUCUCUCUCUUCCAUCAUUCCUCUCCACCCUCCCACAACGAACCCGUCUCGUGUAUGCCUCCCACUUAGAUUCUCGGUAUCCGACGGUGUAUCACCGCUGGAAUCGACGGUCAAGAGCGCAUCUACCUCUUCAUCUUCCUCUUCCGGCCUUAAUUCAACGGUUAGGAUAUCAUCUCUCAGCUCCGAUGGGAAACGCGGUGGACCCGCCUUCGUCGGUCAGGUCUUCAGUAUGUGUGACCUUACUGGCACUGGUCUCAUGGCGGUUUCUACGCACUUCGAUAUUCCUUUCAUCUCCAAGAGAACACCCGAGUGGCUAAAGAAAAUGUUUUCAACGAUCACUAAGAAGAGCGAGAGGAACGGCCCUGUGUUCCGUUUUUUCAUGGAUCUUGGCGAUGCAGUUUCAUAUGUUAAAAAGCUAAACAUUCCAAGCGGAGUGGUUGGAGCUUGUCGACUUGAUUUGGCAUAUGAGCAUUUCAAGGAGAAGCCUCACUUGUUUCAGUUUGUUCCAAAUGAGAGACAGGUGAAGGCUGCCAACAAACUUCUCAAGUCAAUGCCACAAAAUGGGAAAAAUCAAAAGGUCGAAGGAGUUCCUGUUUUCGGUGCUCAAAACUUGGACAUUGCUGUUGCAACCGGCGAUGGGAUUAAGUGGUAUACUCCGUAUUUCUUUGAUAAAGCUGUACUAGAUAACAUUCUUGAAGAGUCAGUGGAUCAACAUUUCCAUAGUUUAAUCCAAACUCGGCACGUGCAACGAAGAAGAGAUGUUGUUGAUGACAGCUUAACUUCAGAGGUUAUGGAAGAAAUGGGAGACAGCAUGCUAGAACCGCCAGAGGUUCAAGAAGCCAUGGAAGAGAUUGGCAGUUCCGGAAUCCCUCUGAGUGUUGUGGCAAAGGCUGCAGAGAUUCAACUCCUAUAUGCCGUAGACAGAGUACUUUUAGGUAGCAGAUGGUUUCGAAAAGCCACAGGCAUCCAGCCAAAAUUACCUUAUUUGGUCGAUUCUUUUGAAAGAAGGAGUGCAUUUUCCAUCCAAAGAGCGUCAGAUUCCACAACUAGAUGUAUUGGUGAUUCAGUAGAUACUUGUGCAUCACUGCUUAAAGGAGAAGAAGAUAAUCCAAGCGAAGACGAGAAAAGACAGCAAAAUCGCUGGUUUCCUUUUGGAGAUUGGCUUAAUCACUCUAGGCCGAGAAAAGAAGACGCUCAAAAAGGUUCAUCAGAUCAAAGGGAAAUGGAAUGUAGAGAGAGGGAAAUGCAGCAGAGUCCUUUCUUACCAAAGAUAACAAUGGUGGGGAUUUCAACAGGAGAGGCUGCACAGAUGAGUAAGGCUAAUCUCAAGAAAACAAUGGAAGAUCUAACGGAAGACUUGGAGCAGUCUGAUGAAGGGAGUGAUCAUGGUUCUAAGCGUUAUGAUCCUCUAAAGAUCCAAGAGAGAGAUCCUCUGUUUGUUGCAAACGUUGGAGAUUACUAUUCUGGUUUGGCUAAAGCAGGUUCUGCUCGGUGGUCACGUCGUGGUGAUGACCGGUAUUAA